AUGGAUUUAUCAUUAUUUAUGAACCGUUAUUAUCUUCUACUUAAAACUCAUUAUUUGCUUUUCUAUUCUGCUUAUGGUGCAAUAAUUCCGAUUUUAAAUUUAACACUUCGUGCUCAUGGUCUUUCGAACACAGAAAUUUCCUAUUCAAAUAUCAUUCUUCCAUUUUUAAUCUUUUUUACAAGUCCACUACUCGGUUUUAUUGCUGAUCAUUCACGUCGUUUUAUUUUAACGUUCAAUGUUAUUUUAAGUAUCACCAUUUGUCUAUUCCUAAUCAUGUUUUUCUUACCAACUGUUAAAUCUCAUCAUAUACAAGCUGAUAUGCGUCAUGAUAAUCAACAUGGAUAUCUAUUAAUUUUCUGUGCUAGUCAAGAAGUCGCAACAAAAUGUGCAACGAGAUCUGAAUGCGGAUGUUCCUAUCAAGCAAGAUGUGUACAAGAUAAAACGGCAUUUAAUUUUACAUUUACGAUGAGUUCAAUUUCAAUAGAAAAAGAUUUAAAAGAUGAUACUAAAUCUACAUGCGAAAUCGAUUAUCGAGUACCUAUCGAAGAGCCAUUCAUCAAAAGCCUGCCAGAUGAUAAAUCAUUUGAAGCUAAAUGUGAAAUAGUUUGUUCGAUUCCAUAUUUUUGUCAUGGUUUACGCUAUCAACAUCAAGUCAUUUAUGUUCUUCUUUAUUCGCUUAUUUAUAUUAUUGGUUCAGCACUCCUAUCGAAUGCAAAUGCUAUCGGUGUAUCAAUUGGAUUUUCUGUUUUAAUCCGAUCGGAUUUAAUCGGUAAACAACGCGUUUGGGGAACAAUUGGAUUUGGUCUUACAGCGUUUAUUAGUAGUCGUCUUUAUGGUGCAUUUAAAAAAGAAUCUGUCUAUAUUUGUAUAUUUAUAAUAAUAGCUCUUCUGACAAUUAUUGUUACAAGUUUCAUUUCUAUAAAAAACGAUGAUGAAACAAUAAAAAGAAAUAAACAAACAUUGAAUUUAUCAGCGCUCAUUGCACUACUGACAGAUUUCGAUAUUUUUAUUUUUCUUUCCAUUGCAUUAUUUUGGGGCAUGUGCCAUGGUUGCAUGUAUCCUUUUGUGUAUUUAUAUAUUGAUGAAAUUGCUCCAUGCCAAUCACGGUCUAUUGUCGGUUGGAUGUCAUUAGUGUCAGCAUUAUCGGAAGUUUUCGCGCUCUACAUCGCUCGACGAAUGCUGAAAUUCUUUGGUACUAAUAUAUCAUCAAUUAUUAUUUUUCUGGCAUUUGCUGUACGAUUUGGUGGAUAUUAUUUUAUACAACAACCUUAUCACUUUAUAUUUGUGGAAGCAAUGCAUUUUUUCAAUUUUGGAAUUCUCUAUGUUCUUAUGGCUCAAAAAGCUGAUUCGAUUGCACCACCUGGUCUGUCCGGUACCCUUCAAGGUAUUGCUCAUGGCGUCUCGCAUGGCUUAGGUCGUGGUAUUGGUUUGCUUAUUUCGUCAUUGAUCUACAUUGUUUUUCAAGAGCGCCUUCUCUUUCUUGUUUUUAUGAUACUCAACAUUAUUGCUGCGAUUAUUUAUUCUAUUUAUUUUCUACUAAAAUGGAGAAAGUCGUCUCAUAAAUCACUGACUUCAUCGAAUAAUGAUGACGAUGAAGAUGAUGAAAAAAACAGAAUUGAACUUACACUGGAAUCAGAUGAAUCAAUCAACAACGAAUCCGUAGUAUCUAUAUCAAGAAUGAAAAUUAACACUGACGAUUCAUAG